AUGUCCAUUUCAGAUACAGAAUCCCAUCCAGCCUUCUACCACUCCAAAAAGCGCAUUUGGGAUUUCCCGAUCACUUUACCGGCCUCAAAUUCUAACAGACCAACCCGACAAACCAAACUGAAUGCAUACUGUGUUUGUGGAUUUGACAGUCUCUGGAAACUCUGGUAUGCCGUGUUCGUGGUCUUAUCAACUUGUCUACUUUUCUGGUUGGCAAUCGUCCGGUAUCAGGAAUUCAAAGCACAGUCCUUUCAUCCACGAUUCGGUUUUGACUGGAACUGGAGCUUUCCUCUGAAUCUCCAAGUGGCCUGUCUAGUUGCUGUGGUGUGUCUCUUUCCCUUGCUAAUUUACGCCUCGGUUUCAAGAGUGGGACACUCAGCGAAUGAUGGGAUAGUUCUUGGUAGAGAUUGCCUCCACCUGCACGCGAUGCUGGCUCAACUGCCGUGUUUCCGACUGGCGCAGCGGUCGGCCGACCCGGAGGCGGCAGAGCGUCUGCGGGCACGUAUCGCUCACUCCACCCAGUCACUGAACGAGGCCACCCAGUCUCCCGAUUUCGAGUCCUUCAUUAUUCAAGACAGGGUUGAGGCCCUCGAACAUGCCAGUUGGUACGUUGCAACCAGGCGACAACUGCGUCCCUUCGCCUGCCUCAUCCACGUCCUCAUCGCGUUCGCGCUCCUCCUACCCGUCUGCGUUUUUGAAGCAGAACAGAUUAAAAAUGAAGCAAUACCACCAGUCUUUGCCUUUCAACCGCGUCGAGGCCAUCAUUUACGUCGACAGAGCCAAGGCAACAGGGUAGGAAUGAGGCGAAGAGGGAGAAGCAGCCUCACCCUUUUCGCCCUUGGCGAGCAUGGUAGGCGGUACUGCGAUGACGGGCGUCGUCAAUCCCAGACUGAUGAGUCAUGCUAUUGCCCCAUGCGUUGCCGUGCUUGCGCAAGCACUGCCGGCACCGCUGUUCGCUCGAUCUGGGCGCGACACGCCGUGCACGAAUGCUGGAAUCACUUGCCAGUACUCUAUGCGCUGUCAGCAUGUCAUCAGCGCAAUUAG